CCCGAAAGGGACAAACAGAAGAAGAUGAAUGAAUUUCUGGUUUUUACUUUCAUUUAUAAUUAUGCUUCACAAAUGUUUGCAUAGAAGAGACCUAAGAUUAAAAUCCAGAAAUGCUUCCACCUUUUAGGACCGAACCAGCUUGUUUACACAGGUAAGUUUUACAAGUAUGAAGGUUUACCAUAGAUAAUGAUAUACAGAUACUUCCAUAUCAGUCUGGUCCUCAGGUCUUUGCUGCCCUGUUGCACAAACUUUGUGUCUCUCCUGAACUGACCAAAGUGCACCUCUGGCAUGUUGGUCCCAAACGAAUCACCUCAGACUCUGGAGCUCAGGGAAAGGCCUCCUGGUGUUCAGUCAGAACUCAACAUGGUUAAGUAUUGUUUCAAUUUAAUGCUUCCAAAAUCUGUUUCCUCCCCCCAAUUUUUUGAAAGCAAGCUUUUAAUCCAGACUAAAACCGAUUUGUCCUCCUCAGAUGACAGAUGUCUCCUCUUUAAAAAAAAAGACUAUCAAUCACUGCUUUGAAUUAGCUUUUUCUGUUUUUAAUAAAAUUAUUGUUUUUGUUUGUUUUUUGGCUAUAAUUUAUUUUAUGCUCUAUAAAGUGGUUUAUUACUGGUGUGCUAUUCAAAAGAAAACACUUUUCCUUUUCUGAGCUGCAAUUUCUUAAAAUAUUAUCAAACCCUCAGAUUUUUUGGCUUAUUAUAAAACUAUAUAACAAAGCAGAUUUUGAUAACAUGUAAAAAGAAGAUCCAAAAUGUGCAAGUACAUUUUAAUUCAAUAUAUUUAAUUAAAAUGCACUUGCACAAAAUGCACAAGACAAUAUAAUAGAUGAAUACGUGAAAAUAUGCUUUUUCCCCCCAAGUGUUUUAUUAACAGAGCAAUGAAUACAUUUUUUUUAAAUGGUCAGAAAGUUUUAAUUUGGGUGAACAUUAAACGAACAGUGAAGGAGUUUGAACUGAGGAGGUCUCUGUGUUCACUCUCAAGGAUGCGGGGUCACGUGAUUUGAGAAGCACAAGGCGUCCUUCAGAAAAGUGAGUGGGGGCUUGAAUCAUGGAAAUAAGCAGCUCACUUUUACUGUUGGUUAUUGGAUACUGGUCAUUUUCCACUGAAGAAAACUCCGCAGCCCAAACUUUUGGUUACUCUGCACUACACUUUGCGUCGGGCUCCGCUCCGGUUACAUAUAAGUAACUUUUCUCCUCGUGUUCGGGCUCUCAGAUACCCCACGCCUCUUUGGCGGCUCAACGCCGCAUCCGGCAGAGGAGAGGAACCCGCGGACACAAUGAGGCAGUGUGUCCGUCCGCGCCUCGGAAAAGGCAGAAGGAUGCGAGGAGAACUCACUUCUGCACGAAUCUGGAACGCUUUGCUCCACUGCACCGAGAGAACCGAAGAAUGAAGCUUUCAACUGUGUUUGGGAAGUUAUGACUAAUGCAAAGACUAGACGGUAGACCUUCGAUGUGAAAGCCAGAAAUUAAGAAUGAAGUCCAAGUAUGCCAUCCUCUUCAUCUGUGUUGUGGCCCUGGUUAUCAUUGAAAAGGAGAGCAGUAUUUUGUCAAGGGUCUCUGAUAAGCUGAGCCAGAUGCACAAUCCACACCAGACUCCAGAGACUCUUCAGGAUUACAGCAACACGACAGCUAGAAGCUCCUUCACAGUUCUCAAAGUGCUGCUUUCAAAACUGCCUUCAACCAAAGGAAAUUUCUCAAAUUUUUCAGAGGAACAACCCGAGGAGGUGGACAACGUAGGCAACAGCUUAGACCACAAGCAUGUCCUACUCAUGGCCUCCACACGAACGGGCUCUUCGUUUGUAGGAGAGUUUUUCAACCAGCAUGGAGAGAGCAUGUUCUACCUGUUUGAGCCCCUGUGGCACGUGGAGCGCAUGCUUUUCCCAGAUGUGGAGGCAAACAACGGGACAUUGUUGCCCGAGAUCUACCGGGAUAUAAUCCAGGCACUCUUCCUUUGUGACUUCUCUCCGCUUGAGAAGUUCAUUUCUCCCCCACCUCAAGACCACGUCACUCCUGAUCUUUUCCGCAGGGAGUCUAGUAUGGCACUCUGUGAGGAACCUGUCUGCACUCCUGAAAUUAAGGAGGUUUUUGAAAGGUAUCACUGUAAGACUCGACACUGCGGGCCUCUGAACUUGACUCUUGCGUCUGAAUCCUGUCUUUCUAAACAAUACCGUGCCAUCAAGACAGUUCGUGUGCGACUGCUGGAAACUUUGCAGCCUUUGCUGGAGGACCUCCGUCUGGAUGUCAGAAUUAUUCAGCUGGUUAGGGAUCCACGAGCCAUUUUAGCAUCACGCAUGGUGGCUUUUUCCUCAAAAUAUCAGACAUGGAAGACCUGGGCUCAGGACGGCCAAGUGCCAGAGGACAACGAGGAAGUAAAGAGGCUCAAAGGAAACUGUGAUCAGCUGAGGAUUUCUGCGGAGAUGGGACUAAGCCAGCCUCCCUGGCUGAGGAGACGUUACAUGUUGGUGCGUUACGAAGAUAUUGCAAGAAACCCUAUGCAGAAGGCGGAGGAGAUGUACAAAUUCACAGGGAUACCGUUCAGUUCCCAAGCCAGGGAGUGGAUUCUGAGGAACACACAGAGCGUUCAGGAAGCGAGUGGGAUUUACUCCACCCAGAAAAACUCAUCAGAACAGGCAGAUAAAUGGAGAUUUAGCAUUCCUUUCACACUGGCUCAGGUUGUGCAGAAAGUGUGUGGACCAACCAUGAAGCUUUUUGGAUACAAGUAUGUGGAUGAUGAAAAGACACUGGUUAAUAAGUCUGUCAGUUUGCUUGAAGAGAAACAGUUUCAUUAAUAGGAGUUGAAUCUGCAAGAACUAUAGAUACAGUGGAAACAUCGCAGCACAAACCAAAACUGACCUACAAAAGUGACUUAAAACACAAUAUUUUAGUUUUAACAACAUUAAGAGCAUUUAUAAAGAACAUAAUGUUGUGCCGACUUUUUACCAACAUUUGACCUCCCUUUACAAAGAGCCAAUCUUAUUUCAGCUUUCACUAAAAAAGCCUGUUCUUUUACCUUAAUAUGAUGACAGAAAAAUAUCCGACAGGAUGAGAUUUGCUCUAUUUUCAUGUUCAUACACGUGUUGUCAGGGAAAGAGUACAGGGGUAUUAGUGAUAUAGUGUGUUUUUGUAUUCUGUUUACACCUCAGCCAAAUCCUAUUUCUAAGCUAUUAGAUUCCUAUUAAAACAUAUAAACAAGUCAUUGUAUAAGUUCCCAGCACAAAUACCUGCACACUAAAGCAGUUUUUAGCUUUGCAAUCUAAUUAUUGGUUUUUCCCAAUAACAGCCUAAAAAGAUAUGUUAACACAGAUAUUUAAAAAAAUAUUGAUUCUAAAUGAUGAGGAAACAUGCAAUAUGCCUUACCUCAGUUGUUGUCAGCAUUACAGUAAUCUUAUCAUUUGCAAAAGCCAUGACAGUAUGGACCAGUUUCCCAUUGCCUUCCUACCUCAACACAUUUUUUGUGUUCUUGCUGUGAUAAAUUAAUGUUUUAAUAAGGCUGUGUUAUUUAAAGAUGAAUAUAUUUCCAGAACAGUAAAUAAUUGUGUCAUUGUAUUUCAACUAUCUGUCCAAUAAAAAGAUUUAUAAUUGAAGCCCAGAAAUGUAAAUGUUUUUACCGUUAGAAUUAAAGUUGUGUUCUUUGGUGAAGGUUCCUGUAAAGUUCUGUGAAUGCUUGUUAUUUUAACUUUAUGUUUGACCCAGGUGGUGCUGCAUUGAUGGUGGAUAAAGGUAACCACUGUGACUCUGACUCAAAGGCAUCAUUGUACUCGGCUUGGUGAAGGUGCCAGUAAAACUUCACUCCAAAUGGAAAGGAAUUUGUCCAAGUUAGGUAUUCUUGGAGUUGCUGCAAGUUGCUAACAUUAGUUUUCUGUUGCUUUUUUGAAGAAUAAAAGUGAAUAUUUGAACCUGA